CACGGGCGGUGAAAACGAAGGACCCCGAGGCUCGACACAUGGGCGAGGAGGAACUUGUGCAGGAAAGCUCCGUAACCUUUUGCAAUAUAGGAAGUUAGCGAAAUUAUCCAAGAUGAAGGCCCUUGAGGGACGGAACAACGUAAAGGUCUACAAUCUAAGUGCAGGAAAGUCCCUGCCAGAUUGGUUAACAGAACGAAAGAGAAGACAGUUAUCAAAGCGAGAUGUUGAUUUCCGACAGAAGAUUGAGUUGAUUCAGGAUUUCGACAUGCCAGACUUGAGUGGCUGUGUACGCAUGUCACCUGAUGGUCGAUAUAUUUUAGCAACAGGAACAUAUAAGCCAAGAGUGAAAUGCUAUGAAGUGGCAUCCCUUUCGCAGAAGUUUGAGAGAUGUGUGGAUUAUGAGGUUAUUCAGUUCGAGAUCCUCUCUGAGGAUUAUAGCAAGUUGGUUUUCUUGCAAGAGGAAAGAUACGUUGAAUUUCACAGUCAAGGUGGGAGGUGGUUCCGCACUCGCAUCCCAAAAUUUGGACGUGACUUGGCAUAUCAUUAUCCAUCCUGUGAUCUUUACCUGGCAGCAGCAGGGAGUGAAAUAUACCGCCUGAAUCUCACCCAGGGUCGAUUCCUGAACUCCCUGCAGACCAAUAGCUCAGGGAUUAACAAGUGUGAGUUCAACAAGGUUCAUUACCUGUUAGCAUGCGGCACAGAAGACGGUCGCGUCGAGGCCUGGGACCCACGAUCGAGGCAUAGAGUCGGGCUCUUAGACUGCGCGAUUCACAUGAACACAGAAUUUAUGUCAGAUAGCGACUUAAACACUGCAAAUCGGUUUGGCAUAACGGCUCUGGCUUACAAUGACGCCCUGACCUUAGGGAUUGGCACCCAGACCGGGCAGGUCCUUCUGUAUGACAUCCGGUCGGACAAACCUCUGCUCGUCAAGGACCACAACGAUGGCUUGCCUGUUAAGGAUCUUGAAUUUCACAAUUCAGCUGGGAAGGUUGUGUCAAUGUCAUCCAAGAUUGUCAAGAUAUGGGACAAGGAAACAGGAGCUCCCCAUACCAGUAUUGAAUCCGAGGUGGACUACAAUGACCUCUGCCUUGUCCCAAAUUCAGGGAUGUUGUUCUUGGCCACUGAAGAUGUGAAGUUGCAAACCUACUUCUUGCCGUCGUUGGGCACUGCUCCAAGAUGGUGCCCUCACCUUGAUGCCCUCAUUGAGGAGCUGGAGGAAGAGGAAGCCCCGUCACAGUACGACGAUUACAAAUUCGUCACGGAGGAAGAGCUGAAGAGAAUUGGUCUUGAGAAGCUCAUUGGUACGGAUAUACUUCGGGCAGUCAUGCACGGCUACUACAUAGAUUCACGGCUGUACAACAAAGCCAAGAUGAUUGCUAAUCCGUUUGACUAUGACGACUUCAUGAAACGUAAAGUCAAGCAGAAAAUUACCGAGCAGAAUCAACGCGGAAUACAGACUAAGAAACUGCCAAACGUUAACCGCGAUCUAUUCGAGCGGUUGACCGAGGACCAGCAGGAUGAAGGGUCCAAGAAAACGACUUCUGCCGAUGAGCUGUUGAAGGACGAACGUUUCGGUGCACUGUUUACGAGCGAAGAUUUCCAGAUAGAGAAAAGCUCGGCAGAGUUUAAGCUGUUUAAUCCGGCCAUCAGCAAAAUGGACAAGAAAAGGUCAAAGGCCAGAGCAGAGGAAGAAUUAGAAGAACAAGAAUUCAUGAAAGCUCGUGAGGAAAUGCUGCAGGGUGAGAGCUCCGACUCGGACUCCAUCGUGUCUGACGACGACGACGAGAGGAAGGUCAAACCCAUAGAGAUAAGAAAUUCAAAGAAGCAAAAGGAAAGAUAUCAGAAAAAGAAGGUCAAUAAGUCUCUUGUCAAAGAGGAUGAAACGAAGAAAACGGAAGGCAGGGACUUGAGUUUAACCGCUGCCGACUCACUAGCGGAACUGAAAGCCAGCAAAAAGAAGUUGAGCAAGAUGACCCUAGCUGACCGUCUGGAAAUGGAAGAUGACAACCAAGAAAGCAUUAAGCAGCUUACCUUCGGCAGUCGGGAAAUGAGCUACGUAGUUAAGAAGGAACCUAAGUUUGGGCUCUUACGACAGCAGCAGAGAGAACAUCAAGCAGAGAGAAGAAAAGUUCGGCGAUCAACAGCAAACCUGAAGGGGAAGUUCAGAACUAAAGAUUGAGUGAUAUAGAUGAAUGGACUAGGUAACAGUUAUUAAUCAUAUAUUUUGUUUCAAGUAAAAGUAGUAUAUUUAUGAAAAAAAAAAAUGUGAGGGAUGGAUAUUUUUGCUGUGUGUGGGAGAUAUAAACAGUGUUGUUUAUUUUGUGUAUAUAUGGCCGUGUAUAGUUAUUUUGGCUUUUUUUUGUUCUAAGUGUGAUUCAUCAGUCUGUUUUUGCAAUCUGUGCUUGUAUGGAUGAUACUUUUUUUUCCAAAUAUUGUUGUUGUGUCUAUAUACUGAAAUAUGCAAAAUGCACUUAUGUUGUAUGUAAUUGAUGAGUUUCCAGUACGAGAAAUACAGACUAAGCUCAUGAAAUUAUGCCACUGA